AAAUGCGUAGGUAGUUUUCAUUUUCUCAGUUUCAAAGUCCGUGCCACCAAAUGACUUCUGAAAAUCUUACCCACCGGCUUCGCUAAUCUAAAUGGUCAUUCAUGCCAAAAAUAAUUUUGAAGCGUUACAACCUCACCAAGUGCAUGACCAAGUGUCUGCGUCUCAGCCACUGCCGAAGUGGAUGUGAAAAACUGAAGCGCGCACGAGUUCGCGCACCUUUUGAGUUCUUCAUGUUCGCCAAACAUUAUUCGCGGUCAAUCGCGGUGAAACCUCACUUCGAGGAUGCCAGAUUGUCAGUGUUCACACGAGUCUAGUGAUCUAUGAAAUCUGCGAAUGACAAGAGCCGAGUUUCAGUUUGAAAAAUAAAGUAUUUUUAUUUAUCAAUCAAAACUGGUUCCCCGUUGGGAAACAGAUCAGUUUCCCACUUGUCUUGUGAUAGCGCUCCUCAUAACAGUUUCUUUUUAUUGAGCCCUUUUUCGGUGAAUCAGCGGGUUUGGUGCUGGAAAAACGAGUUCGAGUGCUUAAAGUUUUGCUGAGGGCUGUGAAAAUUGGAGAAGUUUGAGUUUCAAAUUUUCAAGGGAAGAUUAGUUUUGCCGCCUUGGAACUAGAGUGAAGAACCUGCGUCAACUUUAGAGAUGCAGGAAGGACCAUGAAGAAGACAACCAAAGCCAAUUUCUCAAAGACUAUGGAUUCAUCGGAUGACGUAGUAAAUAUAAGUGACGUCAUUGACGUAAUCCAGAGAGACCAGAUCGGUAACUCACAAGGAAAUGAUGAUAUGCAGUUAGACGUUGUUGAAGAAAGCGUAAGAAGUCCAGCUCUACUGCUAGAGAAUCAAGCUGCAAUGAAGAUGCGACUAAUGCCCUGGGAAGGUGAUACUCCUAAGCCCUAUAUAAAAAUACUUGAGCAACCAUCCACCGGUAUCCGCUUUCGAUAUGAAAUCGAAGGCAGAUCUGCUGGUAGUAUACCUGGUAGACGCAGCACACCGGACCAAAAAACUUAUCCUACUAUUACAAUAGUAGGAUAUACAGGAAAAAUGAGCGUAGUGGUAUCUUGUGUGACAGCAGAAGAUAAUCCAGCUAUCAAACCCAGACCUCAUCCCCACAAUUUGGUCGGGAAACAAAAUUGCGAACAUGGAUUCUGUAAAGUAAAACUGAAAGGAGACAACAUGACAGUUCCCUUCCAAAAUCUCGGUAUUCAAUGCGUAAAAAGGAAAGACGUCGAAAAGUCCCUAAGCAUUAGAAAAACAUUCGGAGUCGAUCCGUUCAACACUGGAUUUGCUCACAGCAAAACUCGUGGCAACUUCGCCCUCAAUAAGGUCAGGUUAUGUUUUCAAGGCUUCAUUCUCAAAAAGUUGGAGGACGGAACUACCGGAUGUAUACCAUUAGAUCCUGUAGUUUCCGAACCUAUUUUAGAGAGAAAGGCUACAUCUGGUCUUAAUAUUUUUAAAAUGAGCCACUAUAGUGCAUCAGUGGCUGGAGGAUUGGAGAUGAUUAUUCUUUGUGACAAAGUCUCAAAAGAGGAUAUUCAAAUUCGGUUCUUUGAGGAACGCCCUGAUUCGGUCUGGGAAGCAUAUGCUGAUUUCCAACCCACGCAAGUCCAUUAUCAGCACGCAAUAUAUUUUCGGACUCCAAAGUAUAACAACCAGGAAAUAACAGAGCCAGUGACAGUUCAAGUACAGUUGACGUUGAGGAAUAAACCAGAGCGCGGCCCACCACGGGACUUCGAGAUGCUUCCAUUAGGUACAGCUAAUGUCGGGCUAAAGAGGAAAUCCCCCCAGGCUCGUGUGUCGGAAUUUUUGACGGUAAAACCUGAGAAACGUUCGAAAACGGUAAGUCCGAGUUUGAAAAAAUGCAUCAAAACUGAACCGAGGCUUUCACCUUUCGGGAUGUCUGGUGGAUCAGUUUCGCCUAAUCCCUAUUUUUGUGCACUUUCAACAUCUCCACAACCUGGACCUAGUUAUCAGCAAUACAGGUCAGGAUCGCCAAUGAUACAAGAAAUAAUUUACAACAUCCCUCUCGACCAGUAUCAACCGAGCCUACAAAAUCCUUAUGAAUUCCCUCAACCAUUAAAAGUACAUAAUGAAUUUCAAUCUCCAAGCAGAAUACAAAUGGAUGCCAUAUUUCUGGAAAAUCCGCCUCUUCUACCUUAUCAGCAAGCUACUGCAACUGGCAUUCAAUUCCAAAGUGUUGGACCAGGUGUUUAUCAAUCUCCUGCUGGAUUAAAUUUACUGACUGAAGAAAACAGCUUCUUAAAUUUGGAUAGUCAACGAUUACUUGCCCCUGGAACAGAUUUUGGCACUUCCGAAUUAAUAAAUGCAGUUCUCGAUCACAAACUUUCUCAAGAACUCAAAGAGGGACUUGAAAUAAGUGCUCUUUCACCAGAACCAGAUAGAGAGGAAUCUAGUGGGACGACUGAUUCUUUCACAGAACUGGCUCGUGACAUUCAAACCCUGAACGAAAUGUGCAAGCCACGUUUCAACUAAAAUCAUGUAUAUACAUUGAUCUACUAGAUGAGCUAGAUUCUAAGUACAACCGAAAAGUCCAAUUUCAAAAUUACUAACGAGAAUUUUUCACCCUACUAUAUUUUAUCCGUAUCUAGUACGUCGAUAUUUCCUUGGAUGAGCCUUUUUAUAAUUUUUAAACUAGUGACUGUGAUAGUACAAAGUCCAAUUCUGGACAGAAGUAGCUAUAAAAAUCUAAAAAAAUAAAUCUACUGUAGUUUGAUUAAAAUAAAAAACUAAAUGAGAUAUUUUUUAUCUAAAUGUAUUUCGUUGUUAUGUUUCUAAUUUUAAUCUUCAAUGACCGUAGGAUAAUUUCGUUUGUUUUUGAAACUGGACAUUUCGAAAGGAGUUUAAAUUUUUAAUUCUCAAAUCGAGAUUUUUUCAACCAGCGAAACAACUUUUAUUGCAAACAUGCAAUAUUCAUGUUUCCUAAUGCCGGUUUACUGAUUUUUUUGCUCAAAGUGAAAUACGAAAUGUGUGAACUAAUCUAAAAAUCAGACUAUUUUCUUGAGUAAUCCAAGUGCAAAAGAUCAAAACUAUUUUCUAUUUAAAUUCUCUCGCUGAAGAUUGAGAUUAGUGAGCGUUCACAUAAUACGUAACAUUAUUUUCGUCAUUUUUUACCCCCCACCCUCCCCCCCCUGUCCUAUGUAACAGACUAUAACCUUUUUCGUAUUAUGUUUAAGAACAUAACAGACGUUUUUAUAAUUUUAUAAUUUUCAUUAUUCACCUCUGACGUCACUUUUCUCUCCCUAGGGAGUAAAAAGUAGAGCUUUAGCUCCGCUUCGUAGGGGUUGAAAAGGACUGAAAUGAUGCAUGUGUCUUCAAAAAUUAUUUAACUAGAAUUUUUAUAUACAAAGCUGAUGUUGCAGAAAGUUCAUUCAUUCAAAAUGUUAUGUAAUCGAGUUAAAAUACCCCCUCCCCCGCACCCUACAUAACAGGCCGUAAUGAAACACGAACUCCCUCUUCCCAUUUUUAAUAUUACGUAAUAUGUGAACGCUCCCUUGGUUUCCAUGUAGAAGUAGGACAUUUCAAUGUUCUUAAAAUAGGAAUGAACUUGAGAAAUUCAUCACAUACCUAAGUAUAAUUAUUAUUAAGCAUAGCACUUAUAGAUAAUAAAAGUGAUUUAUAAGCAGGAAUUUCGCAGGUGAACGAUAUUUCGAGUUCCGUGAGUUCAUUUUGCUUAUAGGCUAUUCGACGAAUAAGGACUCAUUUUUAGCAAUAGGCGUUUAUAUUAUUUUUAAACAUUUGUUUAAAAACAUUGAGCAUGGAGCAAAGUUUUCUUAGCGUGUUUUUAUCCGACAAUGCUUGCAACAAAUCAUCUAUAAAUAAAUUUUUUGAAGCAGAUUAUGCUUCUGAAGAUGCUCUUUAGAAAGCAACUUUUGGAGUUUAUUAAGUUUUUAAGUACAGUGAAACUCGGAAUCUGUGCCGGUUUUGGGGCUGGCGGUGGUGGGGAACAAACCCGAGAGAGUCCCGCUUCGGUUGAAAAUGCUUCUGUUUUUUCACACCUGAGGAACCAUCGCACCCGUCCCGCAGCUCCUUCAACUCCUGCUUGCGGCGCGGCGUCAAUUCUCGGAAGGGAUAUAUCCGGGGGCGUUAUAUCCGAGUUUGACUGUGCUUCUACGAUUAUUUUGUAUUUAUAAAUUUUUUAAGUUUAUUUUUAAUGUAAGUGUGAUUGUCGGAAUUAUGCUACCAUGUAUGUGAGUUGUAAGGUACAUAGCAGAAAACUUUAGCGGGGUGAAAGAUGUUUAUUAAAUAUGUUAAAAUCUUUUUUUUAUUCUCGUGCACGAGAUUGCUAUUACAUAAUGUACUUUGAAUAGUUUGAGUAUGGAUGUAAUUUAAUUUUUUCACUAAAAUGGACCCACAUAUCAGGAGCAUGAUGCGGCCUCUGAAACCGUACGGCCAUACUUAAAGGUUAAGUUAUAAUUUUCAUUUCGAUGUACCUGAGUGAAUUUUUUUUAAACACGUGUGUUUUAACAUUAGGAAUUGUAUGUGCGGUUUUAUCAGAACGAGAGAUUGAAGUAUAUACAUGAUCGGCUGAUUCAUAAAAAAAAGCUUUUGUACAACCCGGUUUUUAUCUUUAAUUUUAAUAUAGUUAUAAUAUAAUUUCGAGAUAACUCAUUAGUCUAAAUUAUAUUGGAAUAAUGUAUCGAUUCGGUGUUUUACUUUUUUUUUACUGAAAAAUUAAUCAUGUAAAUAUCCAAAUUUCAGGGUCAUACUUUUUGCGAAGAAAUUAUUGUGUUCAAUAAUAUUAUAAAAAAGUUUUGUUUAUUGCUGGAGGUAAGGUUUCUUAUUGAAUAAGUAAAUCACUGCUCGUAUUUAUAUGAAACCAUAUAUUUUAUAGUAAGUUUAGUGAUAAUUGAUAUACAUAUUCGUCUUACCAGGACAAGCACAAAAUAAUGUUACUUUUAUGUCUUUUUAUAUUUUUAAAUAUUAAGUUAUAUGA